CAUGGCCGCUAUGAAGCGGCAGAACGUGCGGACCCUGUCGCUCAUCGCCUGCACCUUCACCUACCUGCUGGUGGGCGCCGCCGUGUUCGACGCCCUCGAGUCCGACCACGAGAUGCGCGAGGAGGAGAAGCUCAAGGCGGAGGAGGUCCGCAUCCGGGGCAAGUACAACAUCAGCACCGAUGACUACCGCCAGCUCGAGCUGGUCAUCCUGCAGUCCGAGCCUCACCGCGCCGGCGUCCAGUGGAAAUUCGCCGGCUCCUUCUACUUCGCCAUCACCGUCAUCACCACCAUAGGUUACGGACAUGCGGCCCCCGGUACCGAUGCGGGCAAGGCCUUCUGCAUGUUCUACGCGGUGCUGGGCAUCCCCCUGACCCUGGUCAUGUUCCAGAGCCUGGGCGAGCGCAUGAACACCUUCGUGCGCUACCUGCUGAAGCGCAUCAAGAAGUGCUGCGGCAUGCGCAACACCGACGUGUCCAUGGAGAACAUGGUCACCGUGGGCUUCUUCUCGUGCAUGGGCACCCUGUGCAUCGGCGCGGCCGCCUUCUCCCAGUGCGAGGAGUGGAGCUUCUUCCACGCCUACUACUACUGCUUCAUCACGCUGACCACCAUCGGCUUCGGUGACUAUGUGGCGCUGCAGACCAAGGGCGCCCUGCAGAGGAAGCCCUUCUACGUGGCCUUCAGCUUCAUGUACAUCCUGGUGGGGCUGACCGUCAUCGGGGCCUUCCUCAACCUCGUGGUCCUGCGCUUCCUGACCAUGAAUGGUGAUGAGGAGGAGCAGCCUGAGGGGGCAGAGGCGGCGCUCCCGGGCAACCCGAGCAGCAUGGUGAUCCAGGUGUCGGAGGAGGCCCCCGAGAGCCGGCCCCUGCGGCGGCGCAGGGCCGAGGGCGGCGCCGACCAGCAGUCUGCCUGCGCCUGCUCCUGCUACCGCCCGGCCAUCCGCAUCGCCCGCGCCAAGCUGGCCCCGCAGUCCGUGCAGUCCAUCUCCUACAGGGUGGAGGAGCUGUCGCCCAGCACGCUGAAGAACAGCCUCCUGCCGUCGCCGCUCAGCUCUGUGUCGCCCGGGGUGGUCAGCUUCGCCGCCGACAACCUGCAGCUGACCCGGCGUCGCAAGUCCGUCUAA